GUUUCGUGUCAUCUGUCAUGUGGUCAUAACAUAACCUAAACAAUCAUCUUCUCUUCUCGUGUUUUUCUAUUAUUUCAUUGUUUGUAUUAUAUUUUUGUGUUAAGUUAAUGAGGAAAAACCGCUUUGUUAAUUUAUUUAAUUCUUAUUAUAAUACAAUCAAUCUUCAAUUUAAAUUUUAAAUGUUUGUUCGAGGUAUUCUUAUUUCUGAACUUUGAUUUCGUUUCGUCUUAGAAAUACUAUUCAAUGAGUCGGCAAUUCUAACUUUUAAAUAGCAGAAUAUAAAUAUCACAAUGGAAACAAGAUCAAAAACGGACCUACAGAUCGACCCAUCACUAUGUGUCUCUGCCAUCUUGAAUCAGGAUUCAGGAUUCAGGGACAACGGGAAUAGCAGGAGCUUAACUUAUCCGAACGAUAAGAGACAUAAUACACCUGAGGACGAUAAAUUAUCAUCAAUCACAGGGAACACUGAUUCCACUGAUAUUGGUGAUAUUGAUGAUGUUGAUGAUAAAAAAUAUGAUGAGGAAAUUCCAAGUUGCUUUGAAUGUGAAGAGGUUAAACCUUUAACAAUUCAUAAGGGAGACUUAUGGUGCAAGGAAUGUAUCAGGAACGAUCUUAAAAAUGACGACGUGCCAAAAUCCAAGGAUAAAAAGGAUGAAAAACAGGAAACACAAGUAUGGACGUUAUGGACAUUGCUGUCAAUCCUAAUCAUACUCCCUGUAGGCAUAUCCUUAUACUACACUGGUUCGAUGAAUAAUUAUUUUGCUCCUGGAAGCAACCAGAACAUUUCGGUGUGUUCCGAUUUGAAGGCAGAAAUGAAGCAGUUGAAAUCGCAGUUCGGCAGUCAGGAGUCGGACACGUGGCUGAACUUCUACUCGGGCAUCCGGCACGUGCAGGGUUCGAGCACCGACCGGGUCGGCUCAGCCACUUUCCUGCUGUUGCAUGAGGCGAGGGCGCGUCCAACAGCUGACAGCAUUGCGCGCCACGUGGGCCGCUUGGCCGCCGCCUGUUUGGGCGGCAACCUCCUGCAUUUGGACGGCACUUCGAUGGCCGACCAGUCGCAGCACAAGCUCUUCUUGCAGAAGUACCAAAAAAAGGUGGAAGAGAGUCGAGUGCUAAUGGUGAGUGGGUUCGAGCGACUGCCAAGCGCCAUUGCCAAAGAGUUUCACUUCUUCUGCGACUCGUACAAUCCACUGGUGCCUCACACUGUCUUCAUCCUGCUGCUGCAGGUCGACCAACUGCCCACAGGCGAUGACGUCACAGCCGCCGCCGAAGUGCACCUCAAGCGCAUCUGGGCGCAACACAUGAACGCCAACAUCAUUCAGCCGCUCAUCACUAGGAUCACUGCCAAUGUUGUCAGGAUAUAUGAGUAGCCUGUUCAAUUGAACACUUUUCAACAAUUGGCUCAUGAAUGAUUAUUGAUUUGAUAAAAACAUAAUUUUAUAUUACCCUUUUUCAAAACUUUUUAUAAACACUUAUACAGAGUGUUCUGAAAAAAAGGUGCCCAUAAGUCAGGGAGUGAUUCCUC